CACCAUUUUCCACGAAGCAACAGUGGCUGUAUCCCGUCGGACGAGGGCAAUAAUUGAGCUUUAUCAAAUGGUGAGGGCAGGUGGUCGGGAUGAGUUUGAUCAAAUGAAAUCCUUGCUGUCAGAGCCGUGCAUCGACACGUGCGAUCCCUUGUGCCCGCCCCCUUUAAACGUCUCCUCCCCUCCCACCCACCGUUUGUCACCGCUCGAUCAUGGUGCAGCUCCUGCUCGUAGCAUCUCUAACGCUGCUAAUCUUCCUCUUGCUUAUAGCUCGGUUGCCAAGGAAGAGGGGGAGAAGCCCCAGGCUUCCGCCUGGCCCUCCUCCGCUCCCGCUCAUCGGCAACCUUCACCAGCUCGGCCGCCUGCCUCACCUCUCCCUCCACCGCCUGGCGCUCAGGUACGGCCCCAUUUUCUACCUCACUCUCGGCGAGAUCCCCACCGUGAUCGUCUCCUCCGCCCGCGUCGCCAAGGAGGCCCUGCGCACCCACGACCUCGCCCUCGCCAGCCGCCCCCCUCUGUACGCCGCCAAGAAGCUCUUCUACGGCUGCACCGACGUCGCCUUCGCCCCCUACGGCGCGUACUGGCGGCACGUCCGCAAGAUAUGCAUCGUGGAGCUUCUCAGCGCCCGGCGGGUCGAGUCAUACGCCCCCGCCAGGGCCGCGGAAGUCGCCUGCAUGCUCGGCAGGAUCGCCGCCGCCGUCGGCGGAGUGGUGAAUCUGAGUAAGUUGUUGGGCAUGUACGCCAACGGGGUUCUCUGCCGCGCGGCGUUCGGGAGGGAGUUCGUGGAGGGCGGAGAGUACGAGAAGCGCGGGUUUCAGAGCAUGCUGCACGAGUACCAGGUGCUGCUUGGGGGUUUCAGUGUCGGGGACUUCAUGCCCUCUCUAGACUGGCUGAAUGCGGUGACAGGGUUGAAGAAGAGAUUAGAGGGGACGUUUCGCCGUUUCGAUGAAUUCUUUGAUCAGAUAAUAGAAGAUCAUAUAACGGAGAGGAGGAGGAGGAGGAAGAAGAAGAAGGGAGGCGAGGAGGAGGAGGAGGAUGUGAUGGAUCUGGUGGACGUGUUGCUUGAUGUGCAGGAGAAUAAGUCCUCGGAAAUGCCUCUCACUAUGGAUAACGUGAAGGCUGUCAUCUUGGACAUGUUUGCAGCUGGCACUGAUACCACCUUCAUCACACUGGACUGGGGAAUGACGGAGCUUCUUAUGAAUCCCACAGCGAUGAAGAGGGCACAAGACGAGGUCCGAAGCAUCGUCGGCGAUCGCGAAACGGUGUCGGAGAGCGAUCUCCCUCACAUGCACUACCUGAAAGCCGUGAUCAAAGAGACUUUCAGGUUGCACCCUCCUGCUCCGGUGCUGGUCCCAAGAGAGUCCAUGAACUCGGUGACGAUCGACGGCUACGACAUCCCAGCGAGAACGAGGAUCUUCGUCAACGCAUGGGCAAUCGGAAGAGACCCGGAGUCGUGGCGGAACCCUAACGCGUUCAUGCCCGAAAGAUUCCUCAAUAGCUCCAUCGACUUCAAAGGGCAGGAUUUCGAGCUGAUACCCUUCGGCGCCGGACGACGAGGUUGUCCGGCCAUCACGUUCGGCACCGCCAGUGUGGAGAUAGCACUGGCUCAACUCCUCCAUAGCUUCGAUUGGGAGCUCCCCACUGGAGUUACUACGGAAGACAUGGACAUGACUGAAGUCUUCGGGAUAACGAUGCAUCGUAUCGAAGAACUGGUGGCUGUUGCAAAACCUCGUCUACUCUGAGUGAUGUAUGUUAGAUAGUGAUGGACAUUGAGAUAUUUAUGUUGGGGCGAGUUGGGGGUUGGAGGCGCGAGACGGGUAUGUCGGUUGUGAUAUUAAAAACGUCGAAAAAUAUAUGUAGGUAAAGGUUUAGAAAAGAAAACUAAAACAGAUAAAAAUUAUCAUAGCUUUUAAAUCCUGCAUAACAAAUGAUGAUUAGCAGUUUAUUA